GUCCGAAGACAGAGUUGUAGAGCAAAAAGGCCAAGAGAAUGAGAACCGUGUAUUGCGUGGCCAAGUAGGGAUACAACUCAGGCAAGAAGAAGUAAUGAAAAUAGCAAGUGCAUGAUAUUAAUGUAAACUAAAUAUUUGCUUUAUUUUUUUCCACCAAGAUCGAGAAGCGAUUUCUUUACCGUCGAAGAUCCUCAACAACGUCGCCCGAAAUGGGUGGAUCUUUUCUUUACUAAAUUGGUACUAGAACUGUAUUGAACAAAGAAAAUGCUCGCAGUCUACGGCUCCGGUGGACCCCGUGGGGGUCUCCUAGCUUUACAAAGUGGCGUUAUCGUACAAGCCGUAUUGACAUGGAUAAACGCGAUUGGCCUCUUUGUCGUCGCACACAUAGCACUGCAGAGCGAAGGGCUUAAACGUGUAUGAAUAAGGGUGCAAUUAUUACUUUAAUACUGGUACUAUAAAUGAGGAUAAUUCCUUUAAAAAUGGUAAAUGAGGAUAAUUACUUUAAAAAUGCUGGUAUUAUUGAGUAUGCAAGUACUUACUUGAUAUUUCAGGAAGUCUCUCUUGCUUCUCCUAUAAUUCGGUUGUCCUUACUAACUCCUACUUUUCGCACUCCUCCUUGUUCAUGCUUCGCGGACGAAAUGAUAAUGGCUGGAACGUCGGAUGGGGACGGGGUGCCGGUGUCGCUACGCUUGACGUUUCUCUGUGUGUUAGCAGGCUCUGUCGCGCUUCUUUUUGGCUCAUUAGCAGCAUGUUUCGGAAGCGCCAUGAAGCGGAGACUACCACUAGUCAUCUUUGUGUUUUAUGGAAGGCUACUUUGCAGAUGAUUUGGACACCUUACUUAGAAAAACACGAAAAUUUGAACUAUCUGUCCGGCAUCACUUCUUCCCUCCAUCUCCGUCGUAUUAAUAAUUCAUCUCUUCUCUAGUACCUACUACCAGGUACUCGAUUUGGUAGAAGUACUUACAAAUAGAAUCGUUCCUGUUGUACUUUAUCUCCAUCUUCUCGUCGCUUAAAAACUUCAUUAUCUCUGAAGAUGUUCUUGCUUUCUUCAUUUUCCCAUUUCGUUUUUUGUGGGAUUGUUUUACCUCGCCUCCGUCGUCAUAAUGGAGGACAUGAAGAUGGUAGUAGUACCUACAAUGAAGAGACAGAUCGCGGAAAUGUGCGAGCCAGAUAUGUACCAGAAUUUCGUCUACCAACUGGAGAUGAAGAACGCUGACCUUACGUGCGAGGUACAAUAAUUUUCUUUAGGACUGAGACUUUUUUGUUGAGUCCGAAAAAAUUAGAUUUUCUGGGAAGGCGACAUCCCAUCCAUCCCAGCUAUUUUUGCGAUUAUUCAAAUCUUCAUGGUACAACUUAUGAGCACGAAUGAUCGCUUCAGCUGCUGCGUGAUAAUCACAGCCAGAGCGUUAUCCACUACCGAUCAACUACAGCUCGUCUCGCGGCCGACCGAACCACCACAAAGCGGCUACAGCGAAAGCGGGAGAAGACUUCUCGCUCGACCCUCAACAUCGAAAUCUUUGCAAGCUGCAACUGGCAAGAGCGAGACAAGGAGGUUAUCAGAGGACGAAGACGGCAAGAAGAAAAAAAAGGUAGUUCCACCACCACUGUGUGGAGCGUUGUGUGACGAGAGGGUAAAGCUCAUCAAAGCAAUGGGCGGAUGCAAGACGCUAAAAUAUAUGUGCGAGGUACUACAAACUUUGGUUUUGUCGUUGAUAGACGUGCUAAGUCUAAAAUAUGAGUAAUAGGAACUUCAUCUUCUUCUAUGCGUAUCUUCAUCAUUACAUUUAGAACAAUGUCGUCGAAGUCGAACUACUUACAUAAUACCGAAUACAUCAUCAGCAGUGUCUGUUCCUCGAUGACUCCUUAUCAACUCAGGCUACCACGAACGGCACUCCAGCAGUCGCGGAGAGAGUAGAAUAUUAUGCGGAUUUUGUCUCCGGUUAUUGUGGGGCGUUUGCGAUAUUCAUUUUUCUCAACGGGAUGAGCGGUACGUGGCUGCUUUACUUAUGGCUACUACCUAGUCGAUCACUGUCAGUCUUGUGGUGUGGACGACCACUAUGCUGAGUGGAUCUCCCCUUUUUUCAAAAGGAUUUGUUUUAAGGGCGAGGAACAAGGGGCGGCAUGGAGCAAUCCACUUAAGAACCACGGAUUAUAGAAGUCAGAGUGAUUCAACAUUGUCAUAAUUGCCUUCCGCUAAUCUCUGCACUCGUAACGGGGCGCGUCGGAAAGAAAGCGGGUGGCGUGAUAUGCUGGAAAAUACUGUUUCCAUGCUGUGCUCCGACAAGAUCCACCGCAGACGACGGCUCCAAGUGGUCGCGGUCCGCUUUGGAAUAGAGUUACAAAUUUGAUGAAAUUCUACAUUGAAGACGAGCAUGGCAGGGACGAUCAUCGUACUAUACAGGAUUUUUGCUGCUGCCCAGGUGAAGGACACUGAUCGAAUCAGCCUGAUUGAACGCCUCGUCGUGUGGCUCUAGGAAAAUUUUCAGCGCCGGCUGGGGAUUGGUCGCAUCGUGAACAAGCAUCAUAGUUAAGUGUUCCUUCCUAAACAUGGAGGUAUUUCUCCACGUGGGGAUGGUAGUGAAAAUGCGAAGAUCGAGGAGACAGCUCGUCAUGAUCUGCAACGUCUGCUGUCGCAGAGAGAUUGCUACUACAAAACUGAGUUCCAUCAAGACUUUAUUGAGAAUGCGAAUUACGUGAUCGCUGAUCGUCCAGAAAAGUGAAAAUUAUGGUAGUGAAUCUGUAGCAGUAAUGCAAAUGUUGGGUUUUGGUUGCUGCAUCCUCAGUUUACUG